AUGCAUUCGGGAACUGCAGUCGUCUUUAUUUUAGCAGCUCUGAUCGCUGCCUUAUUCCUGCCAACUCAAGCGUUAUCCGUACCCCUGGAAGAGGACUACGUGGACAGACCAAACACCGAUUAUGCCGCUUUGUUCAGAUCCUUUUUGGAUAUGGGAAACGCCCUUUUCGGAACUUGGACUCCCGAGGGAGCUAUUGAGGAGUUCAUCAGGAAACGAGAAGGACAGGGUGUUGGCUAUUAGGAAAUUCCACCAAACCACCUACUCGCCACUUUCCACAGAUGCGUUGCAUAAGUUUUGCAUGCAUCAAUAAUGAUGAUUUUAACAAGACGACAGACAGCCAAAGAAAGGGGUUUUAGCAGCUUAAUUAUGCACGCUUCAGUUUUGACCAUAUCACCCAUCAUUACCACUCUGUCUGGUAUUGGCUAUUAGAUAUUCGGUUUUUUGCUUAAGCUAAUUCCCUGCCAAAAGGGUUA